CUGUGUCUUUGUAUCGAUCGGCUUCAUUAUAUUGGCGGCAGUUCUCUAGGCGUAAAGCGGAUAGCGGAUAGCGGAUAGCGGAGCGGGCGAGUGAUCGAUCGGAUGGCGGCGGUGGCGGCGGUUUCGGGAGGGGGCAAGCGGCGCGGGUCGACGGCGCUGUCGAUCGACGGGCCGGAGGAGGAGUCGGCGGAGGCGCGGGUGGGGCGGCUGAUCCGCGAGAACCCCGUCGUGAUCUUCAGCCGGCAGGGAUGCUGCAUGAGCCACGUGAUGAAGCGGUUGCUGGCCGCGGUGGGGACCCACCCGACGUCCAUCGAGCUGCAGGAGGCGGAGGAGGAGACGGCGGCGGCCCUCGCCGCAGGGAGCUCCGGCCUUCCGGCCCUCUUCGUCAGCGGCGUCGCCGUGGGAGGCCUCGAGGGCCUCAUGGGCCUCCAUCUCCGGGACCGCCUCGUGCCGAUGCUGUGGGAGGCCGGCGCCCUGCGCUAGAUGCCAACUCGUGUCCUGCUUCUCCUGCGACCUGAAUUAAUGCAUGCAGAGUUAAUUUGCCUCCUCCAUCCUCCUUCUCACACUCUUUUGCGGACUGGCGGGGCGCUGGGUGAGCGCUUCACCUUUUUCCUCUUCUUCUCACUCUCUCUCUCUCUCUCGGUCUCUGUUUUAUGUAACUUCUUACAAGCUAGAAUUUGAAUUUAGGCUUAAUUUGGGUGAGGAAUUCUACAUGCUUCUCACUCACGGAUCGAAAGGGAAACUCUAUUGUAGAUAAGGACCAUGUCAAGAAAAAGACAGGACCCUCCUUUUUUCUUUUUA